AUGGACGCUUUGCGGGUGUCGGCUGUCCCCUCGCGUUCGCAGCGACGGUACCUGGCCGCGGUGAAGACCGUCUACUCGGUCGGCUACGGGCUUUCGCUCGCCUCCCUCAUCGCCGCCACUCUCGCGUUCUGCACGUUCAGGACGCUGCUGCGCACUCGGACCUACAUCCGCCCGAACCUCUUCUCCUCCUUCAUCCUGCGUGGGACGGCCGUGUUCGUCAAGGACGCCGCGCUGUUCGCCGACGAGGGCCUGGACCACCGCGCCGUGUCCACGGUAGGGCCGCCGGGAGGCGCUCCUGGGCCGAUGGCCACCGUUAACGUCAGUGAAUUCACACGCCUCUCGCACGCACACCUCACACACACACGCCCUCCCACGACACGGCUCGCGCCCCCCCGGCCGCCGUCACCUCCUCCCUCCUCCCUCCUCCCUCCAGGUGGCCCGCGAGGCGUCCUGGCCAACUUCUCGUGGCUGCUGGUGGAGGGGCUCUACCUGCACACAGCGCUGCUGUUCACGUUCGCGCCGCACGGGAGGCUCUUCUGGACAUGCCGGGACGACCUGGACGGCAUCUUCUGGUGGAUCAUUAAGGCGCCGAUCCUCGUCUCCGUGCUGGGAGGUCCCGUUUCCCUCUUCCAGUGGUUGAACCCUUGUCUUCUGCGUAGGAGACUCGCCAAGUCGACCCUGCUGCUCGUACCCUUGUUCGGCGUGCGCUACGUGGUGUUUGCGCUCUUCCCUGAUCAUGUGGCCUUCCAGCUGAGGCUCUGCUUUGAGCUCAUCCUGGGCUCCUUCCAGGGCUUCGUCGUGGCGCUGCUCUACUGCUUCCUCAACGGCGAGGUGAGACGGGACACACACUGUGUGUGUGUGUGGACUGUCCUGAGGAGUGUCCUCCUGUCAACGCGGCCUUUUUCAGGUGCAGCAAGAAGUGAAAAAGCAGAUGAGGAGGUUGUUGAGGGCCAGCAAACACAACAUGACCGUGGUCUCCAUGGCGUCGCUGGACCGCGUCGCCUUGACCAGCGCUCAGGGUUCGCGUGAACAGCAUGCAGCGUCCACAUGGCAUCCGCACGGCGUUCACACUCUGCGCGGGGUUACAGCAAUGACGGCUGUGCACUCAAGGCGCAGCGGAGUCCUACCGGACAAAGUGUCCUGGGAAGCACCUGUAACACCUGGAAACACACA